CCGAGAGUCGGGGUGGGGGGGCUUUGUGCGCGGCGACGGCGGCGGCGGCGGCGGGAGCGGCGGCCAGGACGGAGGCGGAGGCCGGGAGGGACUGUUCACGGUCGCCGCGGAGAGGCGUGCGAAGGCCGAGUCGAGCCUCGAGGACCCUGCUGUCCCGGCCCGGCCGACAGCCACAGGCUCCUCUCUGGCAGCAGCGGCUGCGCGGCGACCCCCCCAUCCCUCCACCUCCCCUGCCCACCCCAUCUCCCGCAGCCUUCCUCCUCUCCGCUCCACGCCCGGCCCGGCCCGGCCGUGGCCCUCCUCGGUGCUGACCGCCAUGGCAGAGGCGUCCUGCGCGGGGGAAAUCUAGCCCGGGGAUUUCAUGCGGCCUAGCUUGGUUCCGUCUCCUCCCCCCGCGGCCCCGGCGGCUGCCCGCACACCAGCCCCACUCCGGGCCUCCGUGUCUCUCCUGUGAUCGUACUGACACGGCCGGGGGGUUAGAAUGGAACAAACUGAAGGCCCGAUGAGAGAAAGGGAAAGUUAAGGAUGCUGGAGCAGAACAAUGGAUUUCUCUUUCUCUUUCAUGCAAGGGAUCAUGGGAAACACAAUUCAGCAACCACCUCAACUCAUUGACUCCGCCAACAUCCGUCAGGAGGAUGCCUUUGAUAACAACAGUGACAUUGUUGAAGAUGGUGGCCAGACACCAUAUGAAGCUACCUUGCAGCAAGGCUUUCAGUACCCACCUACAACAGAAGAUCUUCCUCCACUCACAAAUGGCUAUCCACCAUCAAUCAGCAUGUAUGAAGCUCAAGCCAAAUACCAGUCAUAUAAUCAGUAUCCCAAUGGGUCAGCCAAUGGCUUUGGUGCAGUUAGAAACUUUAGCCCCACUGACUAUUACCAUUCAGAAAUUCCAAACACAAGACCACAUGAAAUUCUGGAAAAACCUUCUCCUCCACAGCCACCACUUCCUCCUUCGGUACCACAAACUGUGAUUCCAAAGAAGACUGGCUCACCUGAAAUUAAACUAAAAAUAACCAAAACUAUCCAGAAUGGCAGGGAAUUGUUUGAGUCUUCCCUUUGUGGAGACCUUUUAAAUGAAGUACAGGCAAGUGAGCACACAAAGUCAAAGCAUGAAAGCAGAAAAGAAAAGAGGAAAAAAAGCAACAAGCAUGACUCAUCUAGAUCUGAAGAGCGCAAGUCACACAAAAUCCCCAAACUGGAACCAGAGGAACAAAAUAGACCAAAUGAGAGGGUUGACACGGUAUCAGAAAAACCAAGAGAAGAUCCAAUUCUAAAAGAGGAAACCCCGGUUCAGCCGAUAUUAUCUUCUGUUCCAACAACAGAAGUGUCUGCCGGUGUUAAGUUCCAGGUUGGCGAUCUUGUUUGGUCUAAGGUGGGAACCUAUCCUUGGUGGCCUUGUAUGGUUUCAAGUGAUCCCCAGCUCGAGGUUCAUACCAAAAUUAAUACAAGAGGUGCCCGAGAGUAUCAUGUCCAAUUUUUUAGCAACCAGCCAGAGAGGGCAUGGGUUCAUGAAAAGCGGGUACGAGAGUAUAAAGGUCAUAAACAGUAUGAAGAAUUACUGGCUGAGGCAACCAAACAAGCCAGCAACCACUCUGAGAAACAAAAGAUUCGGAAACCCCGACCUCAGAGAGAACGUGCUCAAUGGGAUAUUGGCAUUGCCCAUGCAGAGAAAGCACUGAAAAUGACCCGAGAGGAAAGAAUAGAACAGUAUACUUUUAUCUAUAUUGAUAAACAGCCUGAGGAGGCUUUAUCCCAAGCGAAAAAGAAUGUUGCCUCCAAAGCUGAAGUUAAAAAACCCCGAAGACCAAGAUCAGUGCUGAAUACCCAGCCAGAACAGACCAAUGCAGGUGAGGUAGCCUCCUCACUAUCAGGUACUGACAUCCGGAGACACAGCCAGAGGCGGCACACGAGUGUGGAAGAGGAGGAGCCCCCUCCUGUUAAAGUAGCCUGGAAAACGGCAGCAGCGAGGAAGUCCUUACCCGCUUCCAUUACCAUGCACAGAGGGGGCCUGGAUCUGCAGAAGUGUAACAUGUCUCCAGUUGUGAAAAUUGAACAAGUGUUUGCUCUUCAGAAUGCUACAGGAGAUGGGAAGUUUAUUGAUCAAUUUGUUUAUUCAACAAAGGGAAUUGGUAACAAAACGGAAAUAAGUGUCAGGGGACAAGACAGACUUAUAAUUUCUACACCAAACCAGAGAAAUGAAAAGGCAACUCAGAAUAUGUCAUCUUCUGAAGUGACAUCUGGUUCUACAGGCUCAGUAGAAAAGAAGCAACAGAGAAGAUCAAUUAGAACUCGUUCUGAAUCAGAGAAAUCCACUGAGGUUGUGCCAAAGAAGAAGAUCAAAAAGGAGCAGGUUGAAACAGUUCCUCAGGCUACAGUGAAGACUGGAUUACAGAAAGGUGCCAGCGAGAUUUCAGAUUCCUGUAAACCUCUAAAGAAAAGGAGUCGCGCCUCAACUGAUGUAGAAAUGACUAGUUCAGCAUACAGAGACACCUCUGACUCCGAUUCUAGAGGACUCAGUGAUCUGCAGGUAGGCUUUGGAAAGCAAGUAGAUAGCCCUUCAGCUACUGCAGAGGCAGACGUAUCUGAUGUGCAGUCCAUGGAUUCGAGUUUGUCAAGAAGAGGCAUUGGAAUGAGUAAGAAGGACACUGUGUGUCAGAUCUGUGAAAGCUCUGGUGACUCUCUGGUUCCUUGUGAGGGAGAGUGCUGCACACACUUUCACCUGGAGUGCCUGGGAUUGACAUCACUCCCUAAUGGAAAGUUCAUCUGCAUGGAAUGUAAAACUGGGCAGCACCCAUGUUUUUCAUGUAAGGUGUCUGGUACAGAUGUAAAGCGUUGCUCUGUUGGUGCUUGUGGGAAAUUUUACCAUGAAGCCUGUGUCCGCAAAUUCCCUACUGCCAUCUUUGAAUCAAAAGGAUUCCGCUGUCCCCAGCACUGCUGCUCUGCCUGCUCUAUGGAGAAAGAUAUCCACAAAGCAAGUAAAGGUCGCAUGAUGAGGUGUCUGAGAUGUCCAGUAGCCUAUCACACUGGAGAUGCUUGCAUUGCUGCUGGAAGUGUAUCUGUGUCCUCCUACGUUCUCAUCUGUAGUAAUCAUUCCAAACGGAGCAGUAAUUCUUCCUCUGCUGUAAAUGUAGGCUUUUGUUUCGUUUGUGCAAGAGGGCUGAUAGUUCAGGACCAUUCAGACCCCAUGUUCAGUUCAUAUGCCUAUAAGUCCCACUACCUACUGAAUGAAUCAAAUCGUGCAGAGUUGAUGAAAUUACCUAUGAUUCCUUCUUCGUCAGCUUCCAAAAAGAAAUGUGAGAAAGGUGGAAGAUUGCUCUGCUGUGAAUCGUGCCCAGCUUCUUUCCACCCCGAAUGCCUGAGCAUAGAAAUGCCAGAAGGCUGCUGGAAUUGUAAUGACUGUAAAGCUGGCAAGAAACUGCAUUACAAGCAGAUUGUUUGGGUCAAAUUGGGAAAUUACAGAUGGUGGCCAGCAGAGAUCUGCAAUCCCAGGUCUGUGCCACUGAACAUCCAAGGCCUUAAGCAUGACUUGGGGGACUUCCCUGUGUUCUUCUUUGGUUCUCAUGACUACUAUUGGGUACACCAGGGCAGAGUGUUCCCUUAUGUUGAAGGAGACAAAAGCUUUGCUGAGGGACAGACUAGUAUUAACAAGACCUUCAAAAAAGCACUGGAAGAAGCUGCAAAACGUUUCCAGGAAUUGAAAGCACAAAGAGAAAGUAAAGAAGCACUAGAGAUUGAAAAAAGCUCAAGAAAACCCCCUCCUUACAAACACAUCAAAGCUAACAAAGUAAUAGGAAAGGUACAGAUCCAGGUUGCAGACCUGUCAGAGAUUCCCCGCUGUAACUGCAAGCCCGGGGAUGAAAACCCUUGUGGCUUGGACUCAGAGUGCCUGAACAGAAUGUUGCAGUACGAGUGUCACCCUCAGGUGUGCCCAGCUGGAGACCGCUGCCAGAACCAGUGCUUUACAAAGAGGCUCUACCCGGAUGCAGAAAUCAUCCAAACAGAGCGAAGGGGCUGGGGCCUCAGGACCAAAAGGAGCAUUAAGAAGGGCGAAUUUGUAAAUGAAUAUGUUGGCGAAUUAAUUGAUGAAGAAGAAUGCAGGUUGCGAAUCAAGCGAGCCCACGAGAACAGUGUAACUAAUUUUUAUAUGUUAACUGUUACCAAGGACCGUAUAAUUGAUGCUGGCCCGAAAGGAAAUUAUUCUCGCUUUAUGAACCACAGUUGUAAUCCAAACUGUGAAACGCAGAAGUGGACAGUGAACGGGGAUGUUCGAGUUGGCCUUUUUGCUCUUUGUGAUAUUCCUGCAGGGAUGGAGUUAACAUUUAAUUAUAACCUGGAUUGUCUGGGCAAUGGCAGAACGGAGUGCCACUGUGGGGCAGAUAACUGCAGUGGUUUUCUAGGAGUGCGGCCGAAGUCGGCAUGUGCGUCAACAACUGAAGAAAAGGCAAAAAAUGCUAAGUUAAAGCAGAAGAGACGAAAAAUCAAAACAGAACCAAAGCAGAUGCACGAAGAUUACUGUUUUCAGUGUGGAGAUGGUGGAGAGCUGGUCAAGUGUGACAAAAAAGACUGUCCCAAAGCAUACCACCUCCUAUGCCUUAACCUGACUCAGCCACCGUAUGGAAAGUGGGAGUGCCCGUGGCAUCAGUGCAAUGAGUGCAGCAGUCCUGCUGUUUCCUUCUGCGAGUUCUGUCCACGUUCAUUUUGUAAAGAUCACGAAAAGGGGGCGCUGGCUCCCUCUGCACUGGAAGGCCGUCUCUGCUGCUCUGAACACAACUCCGUAUCUCCUGUGUCGUCAGAAUACUGGAGCAAGAUCAAAUGUAAAUUGGAAUCACAAGACCAUGGAGAAGAAGUAAAAGACUAAAUCGGUGGUGAUUUCCUUUUUUUGAAAAGAAAAAAGUACAUAAAAACGCAUUAGUAAAAGAAGAGACUGCUGCAGUGCGUCCAGCCUUUGCCAUCAGUACUGCCUUAUUAAAGUGAAAACCAGUUCAUACAGGCAGAAGCAGUUGGUGGUAUCUGGUUUUUCUGUUUUGUUUUGCUGGUUUGGGGAUUGUUUUAUAGAGGGUUACAUCCCCUUGGUCUUUUCUUGCCUUUUAUUAUGCUUCAAUGCCUUUGCAGCUGGAAAAAGAGAUGUCUUUGCUUUUAAAAUAAGAACAAAGAGAAAAGAAAAUUUUGUUAAUGAGAUAAAUUUAAAGUCUAGGAUGUGUUCCUUGGGUGUAAAAAGCAAAAGUAGCCAUCAUUCCUUUAUUUAUUUUCAUUUUUUAAAAUUUUGAGAAGUGUAGUUCAGAUAGUCUAACCAGUGUAUGUGUAUGUGUUUUAAGUAGGAAUUGGAGAAAGCCCUCUAGAAAAGGGUAUGAUGAUCUUUUUAUACCUCCUAACUGAGCAGUAGGUAGGCAAACUUCUCUUUCCCCUCCAAAUGUCUUUCAUAGUCUUAGGGAAAGGCUCUGUGGGAGUACUGAAUCUGGCCUCUUGAAAACAAAAUGUCUCAGUCGAUUUUACCUCUGUGGUCUUUAACUAGGUGGGCUUUGUGACAUGUAACUUUACCUUUAUAGGAAAGGUAUAUAAUGUGAUUUUUGUUUUUUUUGUUUUGGAGAGAAAAACAAAUGGAUGCACUCACUGAGUCUGAAGCGUUUUCCAUUGGUCGUGGGUAUUUUUGAUCAAGUGCAUUUAUAUGGAUGUGAAUGCAUAGUCAGAAUGGUCAUUCCUGUUAUCUUGACACACUGCUAAAGGCAGCUAAAGGGAGAUGAAAGGCACAGACCAAAAGUUGCAUUAUAUAAGCACCAUUUUAUGUCCAAUUUAAUGUAGACCUUGGUCUGACUUGGAGAGAAUUAUGGGCAUUUUAUUUCCUGUCUCAGCUUCCCUCUCCUAAUCAAACAUUCCCUUUGUCAACUGACCACUCAGUGAAAACUACACAAAUGAAUCUGAAUUGUAUUUGAAUAGAUCUUUUUAGUUUAGAUCCUAAUUUGGGGGGUGAGAGAGGGAAAGGCAUCCCCAAGCUAUGUGUAAACAAUUUCUAUUUAGUAUUAUCCAGUACUUAAAAUUGCCCCCAUUGAGGAAGGGGAAGCACUUCUACAGGGUAUAUAAGAACCACAAAAACACACUUCAUCUUAGGAAGCACUUAGGGGAAGCUCCCAAGAAAGCAGUGUUAGCAAAAACGGUGGGCUGUGACACUUGGCUCUCACAGAUGCACAUGCGCCAGGAUGUCUGCCCACAAAACUCCACUUGCUUCUACUGCUUAGGAAUAUGUACAUCCCAGUACUCCCUGUAUGAAGUGAUUAGUAACGUCCGACACUGUGGUAACGCUGUACUAGCAGAAAUCUAGGCUUAGCUUGAAUGAACGUUCACUUGCUGUGUGAAUUCUGACUGCUUAAAUUGCUGGUAUCUGGUAGCAUUUAUUUUCCCUCAAGAAGUACCUAGUAACCUUAUGAAGGUAGGGAGGAUAGAUGCUCUACCACAUUCUUUCAGUUGUGUUAUGUGUCUUCCUUUUUCUUAUCAAUUUAGAGCUCUCCUCUGGAAAAAAAGCUGUUUUGUGCCUCUUUUUUUUUUUUUUUUUGGUAUGUAAAUGUGCAAUUAUACUGGAUUUUCUCUUGUAAAAAA